AUGAAGCCAAUCCAUUCAACAGCAACUUCCAAGAGGACGUUUAUGGUGGCAAUUAUGAUCGCUUGCUUGAGAUCAAAGACAAGUACGAUCCCACGGCCAGCCUCUAUGUUCGGUCGGGAGUCGGAAGUCACAAGUGGGACUACAAUUUGA